AAAAACACAAACUCGUUUCAGAGAACCUGUUUGUCCACAUAUACCUUUAUCUUUCUAAUUCUGCAGGCUGCCAUGAAUAAAAAAAAGAUGAGAUUUCAAAAGCUCUUUAGUUUCAAUUUGGGGAUAAUGGGGAGCUAUCAUGCAAAUACAGACUACCAGGGGUGGACUGACCAUUUGGAAACUCGGUUACUGCCCGAGGGCCCGGGGUGCCCCUGGUAGCUUUUUCAUAGGCUUUUUUGAGUUUGGGCAAGGACACAGGGACCCCAUGAUCCCCUAUUGCCCGGGGG